UCUUUAAUAAAGAGAAAGGGUUCCGGUUGAUAAAUUUUUUGAUAACUGCGACCCGUAUCACCCGCUUCCGUGUCGUUGCCCGAUUUCCGCGCCCGUUCCACCGACACGCCGCUUCUUUCUUUCCCCGCUCCCUCCGACCUCCCUCCCCCCAGGCCCCGUCCUCUUCUCCAACCUCUCCUCCAUUCGUCUCAUGGAGUUAAAGCUCUCGAAUCCUGCCCCCUCUUCUCCAUUUCCAUUCAAGGAGAAGAUCUUGAAGCCCUCGAUCCCUCGUCUCAUCGGCUUCCCAACGCCUACAACCAGGGGGAGACCCAACUUUGGAUCCCUUGCAUCAUCCUCGCUGGGGAUGAAGCUCCAUUCAAUCCGAAGCUCACCAAAGUUCGCGGGGGAGACAGAAAAGCUCCAUGCACGUGUUGGCAGAUACAAGACUCCAGAUGAGCAUCCUUUCUUCCCAGAAGAUUUGCCUGAACCUAUGUUGCCGCCAAUUCAAUAUCCAAAGGUUCUGCAUCUGGUUGCUGACAGCAUCAAUAUAAAUAAGAAGAUAUGGGGCAUGUACUUCAAUAGGCUACUUCCAAGAUUGGUUAAAGAAGGAAAUGAUGGAAACUGUGGAUCUAGUGCUGUUUGUGACACUAUGUAUUUGCAGGCUUUAUGCAGGCUCUGUCACUAUGGCAAGUUUGUGGCUGAGGCUAAGUUUCAAGAGGCACCUGAUGUCUAUGAACCUGCAAUAAAAGCACAGGAUGGGGCUCAGCUGUUGCAUUUGCUAACAUAUGCAGUAGAAACAGCAAUCAAGCAGAGAGUCGAAGUAAAGGCUAGAAUCUUUAGGCAGGAGGUGACUGUUGGUGAAAACAAUACUCUGCCGGUGUACAAAAUAGCACCUAAUUUAGUUGCUGAGCUUUACAGCUGCUGGAUUAUGCCCCUGACCAAGGAAGUUCAAGUGGAGUACUUGCUGAGGAGGCUGGACUAGAUGUGUGUUGCUGUAAACCACCAGCAUCUGAAACUAAUUUGGUAUAAAUAAAGAAAGCAGUUCAUGUUUAACCCUGCAUGUAGACGUACAAUUAAUCAAAUUAUGAUGUUGAUACUUGGAGACAAUGUUGCAGCUUCUUUUCUAUAGAACUCAAUGUAUUGGUUUGAAAUAUAUCUGUUAUUUAGUGCUGCUGUGUAUUUACUAUCGCAAUCCAGAACCUUAUUCAAAAAGAUUAGUUAGAAGAUAUUAUUUGAA